AUGGACUCGCAAUCGCCAAACCCGCCCUAUGCUGUCCCUCCUCCCUUCUCCCCUCCGCUUUCUGCCCACCGCUUCUCGGCCGAUUCCCAUAAACCCGCCUCCAUCGACAUGGACAUGAUGAGAUCAGACGAUCGCUCCACGAGAGCAGGCAGUGUGAUCUCUGGCAUGUCCAUCGAGGACAUGGAGGCUGCCGAGACCUUGAACAAUCUAUCUCAGAAGUACCAUUCUCCCAGGCAAUCCCACCCGCAGCAACCUCCUACUCUCGUCCAGUCUCACACCACCUUCGACUCCGACCAACCGGAGCCCCUCCUCAGACUCUUUACCAGCCAGUACCCUUGGGCUCGCCCUCUGAUCAAUGGCUCGUUGUCCGCCUAUAAAACUACACAAUCUUACAUUCCGGGCGCAGAGUGGACCGAGAGAAAUGUUGGUUUGCCGAUCGCAGGGACUGUGGCCAGAAUAUCGGGUGUUGAAGGUGGUCUGCGCUGGGCGCUACAACCCAAGCGCGAUGGUCGACCUUCGAGUAAAACCUCCGACAUCGAGAAGGGCUACUCUGACGCCUCCGAUGGCACCAACCGACCGACUUCUGAGGCGGGUUACUCCGACUCUCUGCCCGCCUACAACGCCGGUGAUCGCUCACCACCCUACACUGAACAGCAAGUCCUUCUUAAGAGCCGUGACGAUCGUCAGCCGCCGCCUGGUUGGCGCCAACAACUCAUGGUCUCCACAAGCGGCCUGGGCAUUGCCAUGAGUGAAGAAUCCAUUCGCAGCCUGCGAUACUGUCUCAGUUGGUUGCGCUGGGCUAAUGGCCGACUCGGGGAAGCCAUUCAGAACAUCAAAACUCUCCUGGAACGGUGGGACGAAGGCAUCACUCCUGGUGAACAGCCACACACCAUGUCCGUGGCGAACGUGACCCAGACUCAAGAAGAAAGAAGACAAGCUGCGCUGACUGCGCGUAUCGCAGCAUUAAAAGCCGACGUCCUGCAAACGCUCAAGCACGUGGUUGGAAUCGUCUCGAAUUACGCGGGCGGCGCACUACCGCUGAACGCCCGAGAUCUAGUGCACAGACAUUUAAUCAGUCUUCCUCAACGGUUUAGCGUGGCAAACCGGGCAGGCGGGGAAGAGGACUCGCCCAACGACACGGGCGCAGGGAGCUCUGAAGCGGUCAAGAGUGGCAGGAGAGUCAUGGUGUUGGCCCAAGAGGGUUUGGAUAUGAUGACGCAAGUGAGUCGGGUCGUUAACGAUACUCUUGUCAGCGCAGAGAGCUGGUGCGAGAAGCUGGGCAAGAGAGUGGAUCGGCAAGAGCACCAGCCGUUGCAGCCGGCACCGGUCGAUGGGAGGAUGGAUGCAGAGAAUCGCGACGAUGGCGUCAGGAGUGAGACAAUAAGGAGCGAGACGCUCGCGCCGUCCGAUGGUGGAAGGGAUCUCGAAGAUGUGAAGAUGACCAUGUAA